AGGAAAGAAUGUGGUUUAAGAUACAUCUAAGAUAGGUCUUCAUAUUACUCUUUAUAGGUUAAUAUCUUUUGGGACACAGCUUUGAAGUAAGGAGUUAUGCUUCUAAGGUUUCAAUAAGAAAUCUCAUUCCUUCAAAUAGAUUCGUGUUCAUCACUUUGUGCAGUAAAAGUCACCUCAGGGCAGAUUCUAUUCAUUGGAAAAUGACUGUCCUAAGGGUCUUGGACUUCUUAGAUUCACAAGAGCUUCUAAUUAUGGCCAAAGCCUUGGCCACUGCUGAAGAUUACACUGUUUAGCAGAGUUUGUUCUAUGAUGGGUAUAAGGAUUUGCCUGGUAAGAAAGUGGUAUGAAUUUGACUUUAAAUAUUUGAAAAGACCAGUUAUUCUUCCAUCUCAGUCAUUUCUUAUUUUGGUUUACUUUAAAUAAAACCAAGUGGCUUAAAGUCAAAAUAAAUUUUGUUGCGCAGCAACUGACUUUAAUGCUUUUAUUGGAAAGCAUAAACUGUUUACAUGGGAGAAAAAUUUUGCUUUUUUCAUGUUUUUAUAACAGACGAAGUAAGAGAUGCAAUGAAAGAAAUAUUUUUCUUAUUUGACAGAAUAAUAACUAUAAAGCUUUCUAAAUGUGUAUCAUUUCAGGCUAAUACAGUGGGAGAGUAGCUCUGAAAUGUCACUAACUAGCACAAGGCUUCCUGAUUUGCUGGAGUUGCCUUCAUGCAUAUUUGCAUUGAGUGCUGUGAUUGAAGCACUGAUAUUUGUAUCUGUCUUGCAGUUAGGGCUAUGAUGACAGUGAUCUGCUGCUUGCAUGUUUCAGCAGGGUCUGGAUGGACCUUGGGAUGYUAUUCAGGGGGACUGUCACAGGUUGAGAAAAUGGCUGGUAGAAACUCAAGUUCAGUACUUGCAGGACUUGUGGAGUCCUGCACUUGGAACCCAAGAGUCUCAUGCAACAGCACAGUCCUGGCUGCUGCUCUGAUAGAAAAUGGCUCUGCAUCAAAAAAGGACCUAGUGUUGUAAAAGCUGAGUCCAAGUCACCAGCACGCCCUUCCAGGGAAGAGGAGCAGCCUCAUGCUGGGCUCUGUAGGUUGAGGAGAGUGAUUUUUACCUCUGAUCAGCGCUGGCAAAGUUGCAUCUGAGUUUCCAAUUCCCCCAUAAGAACAAAGUAACACACUUGCUUGAGUCCCUUGGUGUAAUUAGCAAGCUGAAACACGUGGUGCACAAGGAGAAGCUGGUAGUAUUGGGGUUUCAUUGCUCUCCUCAGCUACCUGUACGGAUAUGAAGGAGACAGACUCUUCUUGGAGGUGGCAGUGGGUGAAACGCAGCAGAUGUAGGUGACAAUAGGAAAAAAUCUUGUUAGGUAUUAGGAAAAGAUUCCACCACAAUAGCCAAGCCAUGGAACAAGGGCCCAAAGAGACUGGAGUCUCCCUCCCAGGAGCUGCUCUGAAGUUGACUGGACAAGGCCCUGGGCUCCCUGUCCUUAAGUGUAUUCUGCUUUGACCAGGUGUUUGGACCAGAUAAACUGUAGAGACCCCUCAUAAUUUCAGUGAAUUUUCAUGUGCUAAGCAAGAAAAUAUCACUGCCUUAAUCUCACAGUUAUCUUGUCCUCUAGUAACAUCCCACCUGCGGCUCACCUGCUUCUGAGAUUAGACUUCAAACCAGUAGGAGGAGAGAGAUAUCUCUGUUGGUUCUGUGGAGGCUUUUCUGUAAUACACAAUGCCCCAUGCAAAACACUGAAAGCAUAUUAUUACCGUUUGGAGAAGGAUAUAGAUCUGCAAAUGGCAGAAUUGACACUGACAUGUUUUUAACAUUCAAACUCUACCUGUUCAUUUUACACCAGUCUGAAACUCUUAUUAUAAAUGUAUGAUUCAAAGGAAAAGACAUCAAAUACGCUGAUAAAAAGAUAUAUUGUUGCAAUAAGAAAAAAAUUGAGCUAAGUUAUGAUAGCAUUGGCAAUAGUAACUGCUUCGUGGGCUAAUAGUCCCGUCAUUUUUAGUAGAAUGCUAAAGGGAAAAUAGUUAAUGUUGUCCAAGUUGGAAAAUUAUUCAUACAGCUGCUUGCUGAAUGUGUUCUGAUGCUAGAAUCAAAGCAGUAUAAAUUCUCUUUAAUCUUUGUUCAUGUGUGUGUACUCAUUUUUCAGACUGCGGCAAGUAAAGAGAGAAUCUCUGGACACGAUUUCCUUGUUGGACAURUUUACAGGGGUGUGGAGACAUUGGGAAAGGAACUUUUUAUGUAUUUUGAUCAGAAAGCUUUGAGGAUUCACUUCGGUAUGAACGGUUCCAUGUCUGUUAAUCCUGAUGGAAGCAAAGACAGAAAUGGAGCCCAACCAAUUCUGGAGAUACAGCUUACAGAAGAUACUGUUUGUUUUUUUGAUGUGACACUAGAGUAUAGGAAUGCAGCUGAGUGUGAGCAGAAAGUAAGGGUGAUGGAAAGCUUGGAUGUCUGUUCUCCAAAAUUUAGCUUCUCACGAGCAGAGCAUGAGAUUAAGCAGCAGAACACCCGCAUGUUGUGUGAUGUGUUACUGGAUCAAGCAGUAUUACCUGGAGUGGGAAAUAUCAUAAAAAAUGAAGCACUGUUUGAUUCUGGUCUUCAUCCAGCUGUUAAGGUUUGCCAACUGACAGAUGAGCAUAUACGUCACUUGGUGAAAAUGACACGUGAUUUUACAUUGCUUUUUUAUAAGUGCCGCAAAACUGGGUCUCCACUCUACAAACACUAUAAAGUGUACAAGCGUCCAGCCUGCAGGGAGUGCAAUGGCAGCAUCACCGUGUGUCGUUUAGGAGACAAUAACAGGAUGACUUACUUCUGCUCUCAGUGUCAAAAAAUGGAUCCCCAGCUUCUCAAUCUUAGCAAACUGCCAGCGCGAAAUAGCCUAAUUGGCUGGGCAUAUGGCAGGGGGUCAUGUUCUAAUGAACAUGUAGCUCAGAAAUCUGAAGAAGAAUGGACGUGUAUGCGUUGUACCCUAAUAAACAAGCCUUCUGCUGARAUUUGUGAUGCCUGUUUGACUUCAAGACCUGAAGUUCCAAAGAUGGAGUGUUUUGAAGAUUCUGCAGCCUUUAACACAAACUUAAUGAAGUACCCUUGUAAUAAUUUCAGAAAACCAAGCACAGAAAUAAAGAUCAAUAGGAAAACUGCAUUUGGAACUACAACUCUUGUCUUGACAGAUCUUGGUAACAAAAUAAGAAAUGAUACCCAGGUAUCCAAUGAACUCUGUCAGUGUGUUACUCCAAAAACCAAUUGUAAACAGAUCCAAAGCAAUGCCUACCAGUCAGGGGGAAGCACAGACAAGGACUGCUCAGCACACAUAACUGCUCUGGCUUUGUCCUCAUCUCAGCAACCUGUCUGUUUCAAACAUGUACAGAAGAAACAGAAAACUGAUCAUAUACCUUCAACUCACCCAUAUAAUACAGCAAUCAGCGCACCUCAAACUAAUGGGACAGAUGAUACUCGUAUCUUAAGCACAGGCCAUCCUCGCUGCAGUAAACACUGCCGUCUCUGCAGCCUCAGAGUUGUGAGGAAAGAUGGAGAAAACAAGGGAAGGCAGUUUUAUUGCUGCCCUCUACCCAGGGAAACUCGGUGUGACUACUUUCAAUGGGCUGACUUGGAUUUUCCAUUUUGUAACCAUGGCAAGCGAUGUGUUAUGAAGACUGUGUUGAAGAUUGGUCCCAAUAAUGGGAAGAACUUUUUUGUGUGCCCUCUUGGCAAGGAAAAACAGUGUGGCUUCUUUCAGUGGGCAGAAAAUGGGCCAGGUAUGCAGAUUCUUCUGUGAUGCUCAUGUUACAGUUACCUGUUUUUCAGGAUGUCUUAAGAACACAACUUUAGUAGUAAUUUCUGUUUUGUUUUGUCUUUUUCCCUGUUCACUAGUUAACUAGAAAAAGAGCUCCAAAGUAAAGAACAGCAGAUCUAGAAAGAGUAAUUUUACAUAGUCCUAUAAAAAUUAAACACUGCUUGUAUGCUGCCUACAAUUCUGAAAUAAACAUUUAGCUUUCAACAUAUUGUGACAUAUUGUUGUAUUUCUAAUAAAAAAUUGCACUGCUCCUUUUUUAUGUGUUGUUUUAAAUUGGUAAACUUUAAGUGUAAACAUGUAUUUAGCAAAAGUGAAUAAAAAGAAUACAUUUUAAUAAAUACUGCUUCAUGCUUUCUCAGAGCUUAAAAUGAAACAGCAAUGGACUGUAAAAUUCAA